AUGUCGAGUGAACUGGAACGAUUGAACUCGGAACUUCCAGCAGAUGACCCCCUGAAUAUUGACAAACUGUCUGUUGAUUAUGAAUACCUCAUCUACAAGAUUAAGGAUUACGUUCAGUCGAUUGAGCUGGAGACAACUCAAAUCUGCCGAAAACAAAAAGAGCUAAUUGAAAAUGAUAUUAUUGUUGAGAUUAUUGAUAAAAAUAUCCGAGAGCUUAAAAAUAUAUUACAAAAAUGUGAUGAGCUUGAAAACCACUUUGAUAUGUUGGAUCAAAUAUCCAUCAUUACAGAUGCUUUCAAGGAACGGUUGGAUAAUGUAGUCAAGGAAUACAAAAGUUCAAAAUAA